CAUGACAACAUCCACAAGAGAUUCCCAUGAGAUCAACAUAGAGCCUGAAGGGCUACUACUGAUCAUUGAAGUGGCAAAGCAGGAGUUAAACUUUUUUGAAAAGCAAAUGAUGAAAUGGUCAAUAUUUCAACUCACCCCAUGGCCAGUGUCCAUUCCAAUAAUACCUUCAGCUAGAAUAGGGCCCUUCUACCAACAAAACUUCUUGCAGGUUGCAUUUAAGAAAAGUGGGCCAGUCUUACGCUUUCUCUUAUUGAUUAAUAAGCCCCUUGAAUAUGUUAUGAUGGAGAUGAGAGAAGUCGUGGAGGAAUUACGAGCACAUUAUUCAUUUUUAGAAGACGUGUGGAGAAAUGAUGCAAAAUUUGUACAACUUAUGGUUUACGAUGGCUGCCGCAUUUUAGGGCUUCUACGAGAUCAUGAUGAAAGGUCUUUACUGUAUGAUCGUUACUAUGGUACCCAUAAAGCUAGCCACAGACCUAUUCCUGAAUUGCAGGCCAUCGUUUUGCUCGACAACCAAGUGCCCCUUUUGGCUGUCAAGAUGUUAUUACAAGUAGAGGCUCGCAGCAGGAAUAAGCGACCACCGAUCGAUAAGGAGAUCAACAAUCUAGUGUUCAAGUUUUUGGGAAUGGAUGAUAUGGUUGACAAAACCCAAACCCUAGGUCUACACAUUCUUGAUUUAUACAGAAAAGGCAUCAUCGGACCACUUACAACUGCUACUAAUGAUAAUACUAAUGAAAGUGGAGGGCUUCCCAUUCAGCGUCGUCCAGAUUCACUGCAACCAUUUCCAUCAGAAAGGGGAAAAAUACUCUCUGCAGUGAAGUUGCAAGAGUCCGGAGUGACAUUUAAGAAAUCCCUGAGUAACAAGAUAACAGACAUAAGCUUUGACAAAGACAAAGGCAUCCUCAGCCUCCCACUAUUCUUCAUCGACGUAGCCACAUGGCCAACCUUCCUCAGCCUCAUGAUCUUCGAGGCAUGCCGCGUGGGACCCCACACGAGGCUGCAAUAUCAACUCCAAGAGACAAUCAAGGAACUCCAAAGGCAAUUCUUCGAGCAAGACCAAAGGGCAGAUCAGCAAGUCCCAGAUCAGCAAGUCCAAAGGGAAAUCGACGAGCUAAUCGAAAGGGAAAUACUGCCCAAGCUAUUCAUGGGAACACCCUGCGAGCAAGUAAUCCCUUGGCAACUCCCCAAGGAACACCUCCAGCUACUCCUUCAUAAACUCCAAAGUCAAGCCCAUAUAAGUCAAAUAAGGCAACUGGAGGGCUAUGGCGAACACGUCACGUCAUAUAUUUUCUUCAUGAGAGAGUUAAUUGAAUCGGACAGUGAUGUGCGCUUGCUCAAGUCCAAGGGAAUCAUAUUUUUGGAUGAUGAAAAUGAGCUGGCUGCUGUCCAACUUCUGAAGAUUCUCACUACUGUUGUACACUAUCCGACAGCUAACAUUAAAAAACUUCGGAGAGAGGUGAAUGAAUACAGCCAAAGGAAAAUGAAUAGAUUGGUGAAAACGAGAGUGAAUAGAUGGUUGAAUAUACUUAUGAAUCUGUACUUUGACAACCCUUGGUCUACUAUUGCCGUCAUUGGUGGUGUGAUGAUCCUGGUGCUCACCUGUCUUCAGACUUUUUACUCAUUUCUCAGCUACGAAUACCCCAAGGGCGGUUGAAAGGUGAUUGAAGAAAGCUGCAAAGGAGAAGGAAACAGAGAAGAUUUUAGUGAAAUAUAUAUAUGCAGAUAUUUUGAUAUUAAGUUGUGUAUUGGUCUGUUAAAUGUCUGGGUGUGUAUGCGUUUGUUUAUCUGAGUAUGUUUUUGUUUGAGACUUUGAGUGCGUCCCAGUGUUUGUGGUAUAAUUUGAAAAGUUGAGCAUGUUAUUUAUGUAAUUUCAAAAAGGAUUGAAGUUGGAAUAAACGGCUGAGAUUGCUUCAUCAGCUCAAUUGAAUAAGUUCGAGGCAAGUCAAGUAAGAAGCGGUUAGUUUAUUGGUGUUUUGACAUCUGUCUAAUGACUCAUCACACAGAUAAAGAUUGUAAAGCUAAUGUAAGAACAAUAGAGAGAAUGAAUGAAUGAAUGCUGAGCUUUCUCUUCCUCA